CUAAGAAUGUUUAGAAGAUUUUUAAAUAUAGCUACUAUUCCUUUGAUAAGAUAUAAGAAACCUAUAUUGUGUGCAAGUUUGAUUAGUUUAACAACAUUAUAUUGCAUAGAAGAUAAAAAUUUAAUAGAAGCAAGGAAAAAGAUAGAGGAAGAAAUAUUAAAGAUGAAAUCUUAAUAUGGUUCUGAGAUGAAUAUGUAUCCAGAAGUAAAGUAAAAAAGUAGUGGUGAUAUAUAUGUAGAUAUGGAACAAAAGGAAACAGAUAUUCGAUAACAUUUAUAGCAGAUUAAAGAAAGUGUGACAUAUUUGCAUUAUUAGUGAAUAUACUCUGUAAGUUAUAGAAGUUAGAAGGGAGUUUUAGAAUAAAGGAGGUGAAUUCAACAUUUGAAAAUUAAAUAUAUAGUUUAUAAAUAGAUUUUGAGGAGAGUGUAGGGAAUCCAAAGAGUAAAAUAGUGACAUAGGGAACAAUUUAUAUAUAUGGUGAGAUGACAAAUGAGAAGCCAUCAAUAUAAAUAAUAUUGGAGAAGACAGAGUAAUUUUCAAAUGGAGAUUUAGAAGCAUUUAUGGCUUGUUAUGUGGAGGCAAAUAGACCAAGAACAUUGGUGAAUACAAAAAAUUUUAAGAGUAGUUAAUAAAUAUAGAGUGAAAUGAAAGAAGAAUAAGAUAUGAAAUUAUAAGAGUUAGAGAAAACAGGUGUAACAAUAUUUUUACCUGAUAAUAAGGAAAAGAAUUUAGAUUGGAAUUAUUUAGCAGGUUAUGAUAAAUAAAAGAGAGAUAUAGAAGAUACAGUAUUAUUAGCAUUGUAAUAUCCAGAAAUAUAUGAAUCUAUGACACAAUUAACAAGAGUUAAAAAUGAACCAAAUAGACCUAAAGCAAUAUUAUUUGAAGGUCCUCCUGGAACAGGGAAAACAACAACAGCAAGAAUAAUAGCAUAAUAAGUUUAAAUUCCAUUAGUUUAUUUACCUAUAGAAAGUUUUAUGUCUAAAUGGUAUGGAGAAAGUGAAAGAUAAUUUUCAGAUAUAUGGAAGAGUUGUUAAAAAUUAGGAAGAGUUAUUAUAUUUAUUGACGAAAUAGAUGCAAUAGCAUAAUAAAGAGGUGGAGAAAUGCAUGAAGUAUCCAGAAGAAUAUUAUCUACUCUAUUGAGAAAGAUAGAUUCUUUCGAAAGUAAUACAAAUGUAUUAUUAAUAUGUGCAACUAAUAGAAAACAAGAUUUAGAUGCUGCAAUGUUAAGUAGAAUAGAUUUAUCUCUUAAAUUUGAUUUACCAGAUCACUAAGCAAGAUAAGAAAUAUUUUAAAGAUAUGCUAAACAUUUAAAAGAUAAAGAUAGAGAAAUACUUAGUUAAUUAAGUAAUGGAAUGAGUGGAAGAAAUAUUUCAGAUAUAUGUAAAGAUGCUGAAAGAAGAUGGGCAGCUAAAUUAAUUAGAAAAGAAGUUACUGAUUAAUUACCUACAUUAGAUUAAUAUAAAGAAACAUUAACAUAAAGACUUAAUAACUUUGCUUGA